UAGGCUGUUGCACUCCCUGCAUGAUUCGUCUGCUAGUAUGAGAAAUUUGCAGAGCAGCUAUAACAUCUUUAAAAUCUUGAUCAACAAACUCCAACACUUCUCUAGUUUAGUUGAUCACGACAUUAAAUGUAAAUAAACCAUACUUGUUGCUGAAAAUGAAAUUUCAUAUGAUUGUUUCUAAGUUAACUGGGCCUAGGCUCACUCGUAUGUUCAAAGCUCCAUUUCAUACGAGUCUGGUUCAGAGAGAAGAAAAUUCCUCAAGUUUGGAUGAGCAGCUCAUACUUGUGGAACACUAUAAUGCAGUCACUCUUAUUGGUUUAAAUAGACCAUCCAAAAGAAAUGCGUUAAAUGCCGAGUUGAUUGACGCGCUCAGAAAGGAAUUAAAAGUUUUUGAGUCCAAUCAGUCUAGUACUGUUGCUGUGCUGUAUGGUACUGGAGGAAACUUUUGUGCCGGUCUUGAUUUAGAGACCGUGUCAUCAAACCAACUGAGCAUCCCACUAGUAGAUGAAUUCUGCACCAAGCCUGUGGUAGCCUCCCUCAACGGAUAUGCAGUGGGUGAAGGUUUUGACCUUGCAAUGGCAUGUGAUGUAAGAAUCAUGGAUGACCAUUCUAUUUUGGGAUCUUUUAAUCGUCGCUUUGGGGUGCCUAUGUCCAUCCCUGCAAUACGUCGUUUAGCUGCCAGUGUUGGAUUUUCAUUAGCUCUUGAGUUGAUCUUGAGUGGAAGACCAAUAAAAGCAGAAGAAGCUCUUCAAAAGAAUUUAGUACAUCAAUUAGUAGCCUGCGGCUCAAGUAAAGGAAAUGCCUUAACAUACGCUCAAUCAUUAACAAAGUUUCCUCAGGAAGCAUUGCGGGCUGACAGGGCUGCUCUUUAUCACUCCCUUUCACUAUCAGAAGAUAUACAACAAGCAGUAAAUUCAGAAAGAAUAUCCGCCCUUCAAGAAGCUCAAAAAGAACUGCAGUCCCACUGCAAACGGUUCAAAGAGGGAACUGGAAAGCAUGGGACUUUUAAAAAUUUAACAGUUCAGACAGGUUUCCCUGACUGGAUGAAAUCCUAAGUGGUCUACAGACUCUCUUUUAACAUAGAAAAUUGUAAAAUGUUAUCAAAGGACAAACAAUUCUUGGAACUAUUUAAAGCAACCUCAACAUUAUUCACAUUUGGACACCUGCAUCUUUCCUUAUCACAUAUAAUAUCAGUGUUCAAUGAAGUUUUCAUUGACAAAAGAAAAGGGAUUAAGAUCAUUAACAUGUUACAAUGAAAUCAGCAUCAACACACGGAGGGAUAAAAAUCAUCUAUCUACAUCAUGUGUAAAUGUACAGAAAUUUGUACAAUUUUAUUGAAAAAUUGACCAGUAUACCUAGAGCACUAAAAAGAUUAAUGUGUGAUGAUGUGAUUGGUAGAUUGUUAAGAUAAAAAAUAAAGCUAGCUUAGUUCUAAAUUACAAAACUGGUCCAUAAAAGCCUACUUUUACAUUAAUGUGAGCUUGAUAUUUUUAAUUAAUCAAAGAGUAUCACAUUUAGCUUGUCAAUUACUGAAACAUAUGCAGUAGGCACAUUAAAAAAAAACUCUGAGGUGCCAAAAAUCAUAGCUUUCAGUCUUUUAAAACAAAAUCCAGCUCAUAGAAGGUACAAUUUUCAAAAGCAUAAAAAAUACAUUCCUAUGUAGAGAAUAGGACAACUAUAUUAUGCAGAUUCCUCAAUUUAAAUCUUGGAAAUACAUGUCAAUAAGUGCACCAUAAAAAUCACAAUAUAUAGUCUUACAAGGAUAUGUGAGUUUGUCAGUAGCAAAGUAAGAUGCACGUCAAAACUAGUUUUACAAAAUUUCAAGUUGACUUAAUUUUGAAGUCAACACAUGCCUUUAUUAGCCACCUACUACCUGCUCUUUUCCAACUUAAAAAAAAAAA